CUUCUUUCCCUGAAGCAUCCUCUCUGCCAAGUCCACUGCAUUGUUGUUGCUAGCAGAUCCUGGAGGCUUUGGCAAACCUUGUUUUUGUUUUCCCGACCCCGACAUUGCGCCAAGAGGGUCCCAAUUGGGAGUUGGGGAAGAGGAAGGUCUCCCUUGAACUCCGUGGGCGUUACUUUGGAGUCAAGGGGGCUGGAGCCAGGCGGGGCCUCUUUCUAGUUGGGGAGGGGGUGCUUUUGGUCCCUCCCCGGCUCCUGCGUUGCUCUGGCCGGUGGAUGCAUGGGUGAGGCGGCUCUGUUUUGCCCGGAGAGGAAGCAGCUUGGACUGGGCUCUGGAGGCUCCCAAACAAAGAGGGCCGGGCGGGGGGCAAGCGCCCAGAGCCCCACCAAGGACAGCUCCCAACCCCGGAGACCACCGCUUUGUUGUUCUUCUUUGCCCCGCGGUUGCAUCUCCUCUUCAUCGCAGAAGGGUCGCCAUGGGGGGCCUGCUUGGGGGGCUCCUCUUCUGCCCCUUCCUCCUCCUCUUCAUCUUCCUCCUCCCUGUCGCCAAGUCCCAGCAGAGGCAGAAGAAGAGCUGGAGGUGCAGGAAUCCAGGAGCAUCCAGAUCCAGAGAACUGGAAUAAACCCUUUGGGAUAAACUACAAACUUUGCAAACCCAUCGGCCAUGGAUGCCAGUCAGGACUCGUCUGUGUUCCUGGUCAACAUUUUAGAGGAACUGGAUACCAAGCAGAACACGGUUUCCUAUCAAGACCUCUGCAAAUCGUUAUGUGCCAGGUUUGAUUUGUCCCAACUCGCCAAGCUAAGGAGUGUGCUUUUCUACACUGCCUGCCUGGAUCCCAAUUUCCCUGCCACCUUAUUCAAGGACAAAAUGAGAUGUACCGUCAACAACCAGCAGUCCAAGAAGAUCAUGGUCGCGGCAGACAUUGUGACAAUAUUCAACCUGAUACAGAUGAAUGGUGGCGUGGCCAAGGAGAAGCUUCCCGUUGCCCGAGAGAAGGUGAGGAAGAAAGGAUCGGUGGAGGCUUGUCCUCCUGACCCAGAAGCAUGCGAUAUGUUGGACUGCGUACUUAAUUGUGAGUUGAGGGACGGAGAAUUCAGCUGGGGUUAUUCGAACCUCAGGGCUCCCAAAUGCCAGAAGAUAGACUGCAAGGAUUGCCCACAGUUUGUACCAGCUUCCGAGCCUAACUUUUUACUUGGGCUCAAUAAGGAAACGAAAGGCCGAGCAGCUUCUCUUGAUCGUUUGCAGGCCUUAGCAUCCUAUGCUAUUGCAAACUCUCCCCCUUGUGAGAUGCAGAGUACCUACUUCCCCAUGAACAUAGAAACAGAGUCUGUUUCGGACCAGGACUCCUUGCCCAUCAACGCAAGCAUUAAAGAGACAUUCAUGUCCAACGACGAGCCCUUCGUCAUGCAGUCGUGUGUUCAGAAGCGCAACAUCUUCAAGGAGGACUUCCACAAUCUCAUCACCAUCUCGCCCAACUUGAUCUCGCCCACUGAUAAAGCAGAUGACCUGGCAGAACCUCCUAUCCAGAAGGAGACCUCCAAGCCGCAGGCGUUCUUCAAUCAUAGUUUUGAAAUGCCAUACAGCAGUCAAUACCUGAACCCCAUUUAUUCCCCUGUGCCCGAUAAAAGGCGAGCCAAGCAUGAAAGCUUAGAUGAUCUCCAGGCAUCUACUUACUUUGGGCCAACAACCAUUCUUGGGCCACAAGAUACCAAACGGUGGUUGGGGAAACCAAGCAAGCAAACCCCAUGGCCAGUGAAGAGUUGGAGCCUGAAUACAGAAGAGGUGCCUGAUUUUGAAAGAUCUUUUUUAAACAGGAAACAGUCCGAAGAAAAACCUCGGUACCAGAGUUCAAACGGCCAGCCUUCCCAUUUCCCUGCUGCUGAGAGGCACCAGCCUUAUCUUAGCCCCAAGGAUCAGCAGUCAAUGUUGCAGCUAAACUACGCUGUGAAGCCAAACGGGCAUAAAUCCAAAGACAUUCCCUCCAUUUUGGAAGUGGAGAAGCACGAGCCCAUAAAGAAAUUCAAAGACAAAAGCAUCAACUGCACCUCUGCCCAGUUGUUAAGCAUGGACAAAAGCAACAGUGUUGGGACACAGACCGAGCAACAAGGGCCGGAACACAAGAAAUGCAAGGAGGCGGGCCACCCGAGUCAGAACAAAUACAGCGAGCGACACUCUCUCAAGCAGUCCGACGACGACUCCGAAAUCGUAAGCGAUGAUAUCAGUGAUAUCUUCCGAUUCUUGGACGACAUGAGCAUCUGUGGGUCUUCGGGGGUGAUGCAGUCGUCCUGCUACAACAGCACAGGCUCGCUUUCCCAGAUAAACAAAUCUGACUGCGAAAGCUCCCCCGAGCACCACUUAGCCAAAAUGGCCAAUGGGAAUAACAAGCUGGACAAAGCGUCUCGGAUGGAAAUCAGCGGCACCGACGAUGAGCUGAAGGCCAGCGUGUGCAAACUGGUUCUACGGAUUGGGGAAAUUGAAAAGAAACUAGAGUCUCUCUCGAGUGUCAGGGACGAAAUUUCCCAGGUCCUGGGGAAGCUGAACAAAUUGGAUGAAAAAAUCCAGCAGCCGGAGAAAGUGAGCGUCCAGCUAGACCUUAAUUCCUUGACAAGUGAAGCUCAGUCGGAAGAAAGUACCUCCCCUCGGAUAUUUUCACGCAAUAAUUCUUCACACGGCAGCAAACUAGAGAAUAAUCCAGACUGGUGCUGUUCAGAUGCCAGUGGCAGCAACAGCGAGAGCCUUCGGGUGAAAGCCUUAAAGAAAAGCUUAUUCACCAGGAGGUCCUCGAGGUCACUGACAGAAGAAAACAGCGCCACCGAAUCCAAGAUUGCCAGCAUCUCUAACUCCCCGAGAGACUGGCGAGCGAUCCCGUACACCACCCAGACAGGCAUCACGGAGGAAGAGAUGAAAGACCGAGGCGGGGAGGAAAACAAAGACUGGCACAGGAAAUCCAAAGAGGUGGACAGGCAAUAUGAAAUCCCUCAGGUGCACAGACACUCGAAGCCUCCCAAAGACGGCUACCUGAUCGAGCAAGUCUUCAGCCCCCAUCCUUACCCUGCGUCCCUCAAGUCUCACAUGAAGACCAACCCACUCUAUACGGACAUGCGCCUGACGGAACUUGUGGAAGUCAAGCGGACUCAGCCAUCCUGGACCAUUGAGGAAUACACGAGGAACUCUGGCGAGAAAGGGAAGCUGGCCGCUUUGGACCUACAAACUCAAGAAUCUUUAAAUCCCAACAAUUUGGAAUACUGGAUGGAGGACAUAUACACGCCAGGCUAUGACUCACUAUUAAAGCGCAAAGAAGCUGAAUUCCGAAGAGCAAAAGUUUGCAAAAUCGCUGCCUUGAUUGCCGCAGCUGCCUGUACAGUCAUCCUUGUCAUCGUGGUUCCUAUAUGCACUAUGAAAUCAUGAUUCCCGUGGCAGAGGAAUACACCACGACCUUGUAUAUAACAGUGCUCCAAAUAUCCCGUUUGGUAUUUUCAUGGAAAUAGUUGUAACUGUUCACUGGAAAAGGAUAUUCCAAGAGAAUGCAGCAAUUGAGCAUGCAAAGAAGUUCUGGGUUCCUGAUCCAACCCUCUUUUUAAAAAGAAGCUAUUCCUUUUAAAUAACAAAGCAUUUCACAAAGUGAAUGGUGACUUGGUUUCAAUUUUUACACAUUAUGGCAAGCGAAUCCCUCCCCCUCCUUUGGAAAAGAAGAUAAAACUAUUUUACAAGAUUGGAAAUGGAGGAAGAGAGAGGAUUUUAUUCUUCCCUGGACCAAUGGGAAUUUUAUAUUGAGAGGUUAUAGUAAUUCUUGUACAGUAUGCAUUUCAUCAGAGAGAUCAGAGCUGUGAUGGCACUCUCGGAAAUUUGACGAAUCUGAGGACAGUGUGAUUGUGGUUAUGUAUUCCUUCUUUGUUCAGUUUCAAAAGCAAAUCUGUAGCCUUGGGAAGGGUGGGAUUUGGGAUUUGGAAUCCAAAAGGGCUCUUUGUAACCGGGUCUAGCCAUAAGACCGUAUUGUUAUCCGAGUACACACAAGUCAGGGAUGCAAACUGUUUGGCUCUUUAGAUAUCACUGGGCAGCAAAGCCCAUCCAUUCUAGUUAGCAUGGCUAAUCGUGAAGGAUGAUGGGGCCUAAUAUCUGUUCCCUAUCCCUGUCAAAGGCAAAGCGCCAUCUGCUAUAGACCAAAAAGAAUCUGGUGAAAAGCAAUUCGUAUCUGGGUUUCUGUGAGUUUGCUAGGCUGUCUGGCCAUGUUCCAGAAGAAUUCUCUCCUGACGUUUCACCCACAUCUAUGGCAAGCAUCCUCAGAGGUUGUGAGUUCUGUUGGAAACUAGGCAAGUGGUGUUUAUACAUCUGUAGAAUGUCCAGGGUGGGAGAAAAGACUCUUUCUUUCCCAGGCAGGAAGCAGACAGGCUUUGAAGCUGCAAGGCGAUUCGAUGCUAAUCAAGGUGGUCAAUUGCAACAUUCACACUUGCCUCAAACAGACAUUAGUGAACAUUAGUUCACUAAUUACUAGUUUGGACAUUAGUGAAGAUAAAGGUUUUCUCCUGACAUUAAGUCCAGUCGGGUCCGACUCAUAGAAGUUGAGACUCAUAGCAGAAGUUCACUCCGCUUUCCAGACUCAAACCGCCAAAUUAAGUCUAGUCAUGUCUGACUCUGGAAGUUGGUGCUCAUCUCCAUUUCUAAGCUGAAGAGCCGGCGUUGUCCGUAGACACCUCCAAGGUCAUGUGGCCAAUGGCAUGACUGCAUAGAGCGCCAUUACCUUCCCGCAGAAGCGGUACUUAGUGAUCUACUCACAUUUGCAUGUUUUCAAACUGCUAGGUUGGCAGAAGUUGGGACUCAUAGCGGAAGUUCAUUCCGCUUUCCAGACUCGAACCGCCAAAUUAAGCCUAGUCAUGUCUGACUUUGGGGGUUGGUGCUCAUCUCCAUUUCUAAGUCAAAGAGCCGGCGUUGUCCGUAGACACCUCCAAGGUCAUGUGGCCGGCAUGACUGCAUGGAGCGCCAUUACCUUUUCGCAGAAGCGGUACUUAUUGAUCUACUCACAUUUGCAUGUUUUCAAACUGCUAGGUUGGCAGAAGCUGGGAUUCAUAGCGGAAGUUCACUCCGCUUUCCAGACUCGAACCGCCAACCUUUCGGUCUGCAAGUUCAGCAGCUCAGUGGUUUAACCCGCUGUGCCAUCGGGGGCUCCAACCCUGGACAUUAUUCCACAGACAUAUGCACCCCACUUGCUUAGUUUCCAACAGACCUCACAACCUCUGAGGAUGCCUGCCAUAGAUGCAGGCAAAAGGUCAGAAGAGAAUUUUUCUGGAGCAUGGCCAUACAGCCCAGAAAACUCACAGCAAUCCAGUGGUUCCGGCCAUUAAAGCCUUCGAUAACAAUUCCUAUCUUGGUUUUUGGUUGAGUGUGUUGAAAUCAGCUUUCCAAAAUGCUGGCAUACGCUAUAUCUUUUUUAAAAAGCCAGGCUCUACUCCUUCCCUUUAUUGCAUUUGUUGAACCUGGGAGAGGAGUCAUCUUAUUGUGAGGUGUGUUUUGUGCCUUUUGGAGUGUAAACCAUUAGCGCUGUUGGGUUCUGUGAUAUUUUUUUGUUUUGCCCCAGAUUUUCAGUUCAAUGUUAAGGCAAUCGUAUAACCCAUGAGUGAGGACGAGCUCAAACUCGCACGUUAUGUUUUGCCUCGUUUAUAUCUGAACUUUUAAAAAAUUAGUUUGAAUUUUUUAAAGAAAAUAUGGCUAUUGAAGAAGUAUACUGGGUUUGGCUGUGAUUUCUUAUUUGUGCAUAUACCUGAGUCCAAGGAAGAUGUAAUAUGACUUAAAUUGGUUAUGUAUUUCUUUAUUUACAGUACAGUAGAGUCUCAUUUAUCCAACAUAAACGGGCCGGCAGAACGUUGGAUAAGCGAAUAUGUUGGAUAAUAAGGAGGGAUUAAGGAGAAGCCUAUUAAACAUCAAAUUAGAUUAUGAUUUUACAAAUUAAGCACCACAACAUCAUGUUAUACAACAAAUUUGACAGAAAAAGUAGUUCAAUACGCAGUAAUGCUAUGUAGUAAUUACCGUAUUUACGAAUUUAGCACCAAAAUAUCACGAUGUAUACAACAGAUUUAUUUAUUUAUUUAUUUAUUUACAACAUUUAUACCCCGCCCUUCUCACCCGAGGGUACUCAGGCCGGCUUACAAAAAUUGGCAAAAUUUAAUGCCCAAAAUGCAAUCAUAAAAACAAAACAAUAUAAACAGAUCUAUUAAUAACAUUGGGGUUGUUGUAUGUCUUUCGGGCUGUGUGGCCAUGUUCCAGAAGCAUUCUCUCCUGACGUUUCGCCCACAUCUAUGGCAAGCAUCCUCAGAGGUUGUGAGGUAUUAAUAACAUUGUUAAAACACAUUAUAAAAACCUUAAAAACGUGUAUAUAAUUUGACAGAAAAAGUAGUUCAAUACACAGAAAUGCUAUGUAGUAAUUACUGUAUUUAUGAAUUUAGGACCAAAAUAUCAUGAUGUAUUGAAAACAUUGACUACAAAAAUGUGUUGGAUAAUCCAGAACGUUGGAUAAGCGAGUGUUGGAUAAGUGAGACUCUACUGUAUUUAUAUUCUGAAAGGGACUCGGGCCGGAUCACAGAACACACAUAUGCGGCAAACAUUCAAUGUCGUUUUAUAGACUGACAGACAAUUGUACAUAGAUAGAGGUAUAUAUAUAGGCUUUUCCCCAUCUUCGGCAUCUUGGAGGCUUGUGCUCGGUUCCGCAAUUCAGCAGAGUUUUGUUGAAUGAAACCCAAUUGUAGACAGAAUGUGUCCGACAAUCUAUUUUUGAAAUAUUUCCUUUCUUUAGUCCAGUUAACCUUAAUCACACGUUUGGUUUCAACUUUAAUCCAAGAUGAAUGGUAGCUGGACUGAAUUCUAUGAAAUGACUGUUUUUGCAAUGUUUUGGAAUCCAAAACAUUAACUUGAUAUUCCCCAAUGUUCUACCAAAGCAUUAAAUACUGUAUAUUUAUAUGCUUCUUCCUUCAGUAGAUAGUCUGCUGAAGAUUUCCAACGACUGCAAGCUCUCUUCCCUCCCUCAAAGAAGAUCCAGAUCAUAUAUGCAUAAAAUUCCAGGACAUUUUUCUAGUAUUAUCAAGCAAUAUUUUAGCCCUCUCCAGUUCAUCCAAAUCCUUGGUUCUGGGUCCAUCAGUUGAUGCAUGCCUUUAAGUCAUGAUUGACUUCUAGCAACCCUAAGGCAAAUGUACCACAGGGUUUCCUUAGCAAGAUUUGUUCUAGAGGAGUUUAGCAUUGCCUUCUUCUGAGGUUUUAACAAAUGUGUAAAGCCACCCAAGUGAGUUUCCAUAGCUAAGUGGGAAUCCAAACCCUGGUCUCCAGUCCUAGACCAAAACGCAAAGCCGCUCCCAAUCCAGCUAUCUCUCUGGGUAAUUAGUGUUAUCAAGAGGUCCAUAAUGGGAUAGCCAUCUCUCCUGAAAUAUAUGUACUCUUCUGUAGGAUCUCCAUGAGCAUCGUAAUGCAACUCAGAGUGCAUCAUGGGGUGCAUCAUCCGAAUCUAAUACUGGUGAAGAUGCAGAAUAAUCUUAGGCAGGGGUCCCCAAACCAUCGAAGCUAUUUAUCCGGCCCCCACGGCACAAGGGCAGAAGGGGGUUGGGCUAAAUGACCCAAGGGGUCUCUUCUUCUCUUACAACCCUUAUUAUUAUUAUUAUUUUAUUAUGACACAGCAAACAAGAUAGAUAUGCUGGAUUAUUAUUAUUAUUAAUAAUAAUAAUAAUAAUAAUAAUAAUAACAUUGAGGCUGGGUGGCCAUCUGUCAGGGAUGCUUUGCUUGUGCUUUUGGUGCACAGAGGCAGAAGGGGGUUGGACUAAAUGGCCCAAGGGGUCUCUUUGUUGUUGUUGUUGUUGUUACAGUAGAAUCUCACUUAUCCAAGCUAAACGGGCCGGCAGAAGCUUGGAUAAGCAAAUAUCUUGGAUAAUAAGGAGGGAUUAAGGAAAAGCCUAUUAAACCUCAAAUUAGGUUAUGAUUUUACAAAUUAAGCACCACCAAAACAUCAUGUUUUACAACAAAUUUGACAGAAAAAGCAGUUCAAUACGCAGUAAUGCUAUGUAGUAAUUACUGUACUUACGAAUUUAGCACCAAAAUAUCACGAUAUAUUGAAAACAUUGACUACAAAAAUGGCUUGGAUAAUCCAGAAACUUGGAUAAGUGAAGCUUGGAUAAGUGAGACUCUACUGUAUUAACACUGAGGCUGGGUGGCCAUCUGUCAGGGGUGCUUUGGUUGUGCUUUUGGUGCACAAAGGCAAAAGGGGGUUGGGCUAAAUGGCCCAAGGGGUCUCUUCCAACCCUCUUUAUUAUUAUUAUUAUUAUUAUUAUUAUUAAUAUUGAGGCUGGGUGGUCAUCUGUCAGGGGUGCUUUGCUUUCGGUGCACAAAGGCAGAAGGGGAUUGGACUCAAUGGCCCAAAGGGUCUCUUCCAACCCUCUUUUUUAUUACUGUUGUUAUUAUUAUUAUUAUUAUUAUUAUUAUUUAUUACUGCUCGGUGGCCAACUAUAGUCCGGCCCUCCAGCGGUCCGAAGGAUCAUGAAAUGGCCCCCUGUUUUAAAAGUUUAGGGACCCCUGAUCUUAGGUCUGAUUUUCCAGAUAUUGCACUACAAUUCACAUCAUACUUGAGAUUGGGGGCAGACGUGAAUUGGAGCCCAAGAGUAUCUGGAUGGUCACAGUAUAUCUAUCCAACAUCUGGAACCUCUAGAGAUCCAGUAGGACAGAUAAAGUGACUGAGGUGGUGUGGAAGGAUCUAGAGUAGUGGUUCUCAACAUGGGUUCCUCAGAUGUUUUUGGCCUUCAACUCCCAGAAAUCCUAACAGUUGGUAAACUGGCUGGGAUUUCUCGGAGUUGUAGGCCAAAAACAUCUGGGGAACCCAGAUUUGGAGAAAGUCCAAUUUGGGUGGCCAUUGGCAAGGGUCGUAUUCUGGAUGAUUGGGGUUUGGAACCUAAGGGGCUGGAGGACUUCAUGAUCAUGGAGUGGUUCAGAAGAAGAAGAAGGUUAAGGCCAAGGCAAUGGGGCAAAUACCAUCCAUGGUCAAAGUCUGGGAGAGCUGGAAUUCAAUUUGCUAGGCUCAAACUUGGUGACCAGAGCAGAGGAGAUGAAGGCAUUUUCAUGUCUCUUGUGUUUGCACCAGAGCAUGUUACAAAAUGUUGGACCACUUGCAUAAUUCCACAAUCAGUAGGGCAAUGACAAAUUCUAGCUGGGUUUCUGGGAGUCAGGGUUCUUGUGUGUUUUCCGGGUUGCAUGGCCAUGUUCCAGAAGUAUUCUCUCCUGACGUUUCGCCCACAUCUAUGGCAGAGGUCGUGAGGUAUAUGGAGAAACUAAACAAGGAAGGUUUAUAUAUCUGUGGAAGUUCCUGGGUGGGGGAAAAGAACUAUUGUCUGUUGGAGGCCAGUAUGAAUGUUGUAAUUAAUCACCUUGAUUAACAUUAAAUAGCCUUCCCAGAUUCACAUCCUGGCCUGGGGGAAUCCGCUGUACAGAGCCGUUAGCUGCCCCUGAUUGAUUCAUGUUUGGAAUUCUUCUGCUUUCAAAGUAUUGCUCCUUAUUUACUGUUCUGAUUUUGGAGUUUAAUACUGGCAGCCAGAUUUUGUUCAUUUUCAUGGUUUCCUCCUUUCUGUUGAAAUUGUCCACAUGCUUGUGGAUUUCAAUGGCUUCUCUGUAUAGUCUGACAUGGUGGUUAUUGGAGUGGUCGAGCGUUUCUGUGAUCAGCCCCCAAACCACAAGUAUGAUGUGAACACAGAAAUGCUCGACCACUCCAACAACUAUCAUGCCAGACUACACAGAGAAGCCAUUGAAAUCCACAAGCAUGUGGACAAUUUCAAUAGAAAGGAGGAUACCAUGAAAAUGAACAAAAUCUGGCUAUUAGUGUUAAAAAAACUCUAAAAUCAGAACAGUAAAUAUGGAGCAAUACUCUGAAAACAGAAGAAAUCCAGACAUGAAUCAAUCAGGGGCUGCUAACAACUCUGAACAAAGAAUUCCCCCAGGCCAGGAUGUGAAUCUGGGAAGGCCAUUUAAUGGUAAUCAAGGUGAUUAAUUACAACAUUCACACUGUCCUCCAACAGACAGAUAUAUAAACCUUCCUUGUUUAGUUUCUCCAUACUAUAUACCUCAUAACCUCUGGGGAUCAUCUAUAUAUGUGAUCCCAGCCAUGAAAGCCUUCGACAACACAUUUCUGCGAGUCAUCAUUCAAAUAAUGGAAUUUUUCCAAAUUCUGGUCUCCAUAGACACAUAGAUUUCUCUUGCUGGGUCAGGAGGAUGAUAUUUAAUGGGUUUAACAAAUGCCACGGGUCAUAGUAAGUACGGCUCAGCUUUGCCGUGAAUGAUGAAAUUCAGGGAAGAUGGGCUUUUUUUGUAUGAUAGAAAUAUCUGGCAGCAGUAGCCUGCAAACUAUAUUGUAUUCAAUCUUGUGUACCAGUUACUAAAACUGCGAUAUAAAUAUAUAUCUAUACAUAUUGUAUUCUACAUUAUAGACUUUUGUAUUGAGAUGAUAACAAUACCAAUAAUUAUAUUAGUGCAGCUAGAAGUACAUUAUAAUCAUUAGUGUGAGACAAAAACAUGUACUAGACAGUAUUACUCAAAAAAAUUAUAAUUGACGGUUCUUUUUGUAUUCAUGCCUUAUCAGUAUAAGGGUUAUAUACUCCUUGAAAGGUUAGUGGUGAAAAUGAAUCAUGUCCGAUGACCAUGUUGAACCAAUCCUGCUUCUCUUACUCAGAUCCACAUCAUCGUAACCAAUUUGUCACAACCUGAUCAACUUCAUCACAACCACUGGUACAAUUGCAAAAAAAUUAGUUGCAGUAUAUUACAACUCAAUUGCUUUUAAUGGGACGUAAAUUGCCCCAAUCUCUUAAUUAAAUGGGUGCCACCAAACUGAAUUUUCACUUGGUUUGCUCACAAGAGUAAGAAAAGAUGGAUCAGUGGAUCCUCUCUGGAUCGUUAAUGCAUUUUUAUUUAUUCAAACAGGGCGUUUGGCUACCAUAGGAUGUAAUGAUGCCUUUCUUUUAUAAAGUUACUGUACAACGUGGCCUUUUAGUUCAUUAAACUAUUACAUCAAAUAAACUUGAGAAAUUGUACACGUC